CCGCGGACGGCGCAGUAAAACAUUGGGUUCUGCCUGAUCCAACGCUAGAGCUUGACUACUGGCAGUCCAGCGCAGACGAUCGCGGGAGGUGGGCGCGUGAUUUGUUCAAGCGAUUAGGGGAAAAGCCAUAUCGGAGUGUGAGCGAAAUAACAAGGGGAAGUCGCCAUCCAGUACGAAAUUUACACGCGCAACAGCUCUCGCAGUCUGCACAACAACUUCUCAUUGCGCAAGACGACGGGCGGGUUAUGCUGUAUUUAUGAAAAGGAAAAACCAAUAUUUGAUUUGCAAAAGUCUCCGGGAUAUGGAUUCCGUCCCCCAACGGCAAAGAGAGAGAGAGACUAUGUUCUCAAAUUGUUAUUCUGUCCCCAUGCGACAUAGAUAUUUUUUUGGUUCCUGAUUCAUACCCAGAGGGCAUUGGCGCGCGUUUCGUAUUGAAGCAGGCGUUCGCGCUGAGCACUCAAGCGGUGUAUAGUGCGCGAUGGAAUACAGGAGUGUGCAACAUUUUCGCAGCAGGGACGCGCGAUAAGAAAAUUGCGGUUUACGACACACGGAGAGAAGGACGAGGUCGGCCGUGUAUCUCUAUCCUGACCUCUGCACCAGUGGGCUGUGUCCGAUGGCGACCAACGCAUGCUCUAUGCGACCCCCACAUUCUCGCUUCCAGCAGCUCGGUUAUGGAUCAUCAGGUACUUCCUAUUUUUGAUCUCUAAAAACUCAGAAGGUUUCUUGGAGGAAAAGUCGGUCACGGUUAUGCUUUUUCACGAAGAAAUAUUCUAAAUCGCUUGCUGGUUAAUGCCCGCUAUUCAGAGCUUUCUCGACCUCAAUUUCUCGACCCAAAAUGUCCAAACAGAUUCUAAUUUGGGACAUGCGCGCAACGUCAAUGCCGACAUUUGUGUUUAACACGCACAAGAAGAAUGAGUGUGCCUCUGACUUUUUUUGGGCCUCUGAGGAUCACAUUAUAUCCUGUGGCAAGGACUCAACGCUACAGAUGCACUCCCUUCGAAAUGCGCAUCAGCCGCUUCAAUCUUUCUCAAACUGCAAAGCGUCAUGCGGUGGCAGCCGAGAAAUAGUCUCUGUGGCGGCGCAAGUGAACCGACAGGUAAUACGUUCUAAAAAGUAGAAGAACCUGUAGUACAACAGCUACAUGAGUCACAGAAGUGAACAGGGCAACACGUUAAGCAGGAUAAAAUGAAUAUCAAUAUCAAUGAAUAUCAAAGUUUUUUCUUUCAUGCUGUUGUCCCAUAGGGCCUCGUGCGGACGCACCCCGCGCAAAAUUAUCCUAGAAUGUUGCAGUCUUUUCCGGACGACCUCGUUUUUGCGCCUGAUCGAUUCAAGUGGCGGCACAACAAGUGGACAGCGCGGUGGACGACAGCGAAUUCGAUUGCAGAGGUCCCGGUGACGAGAUUCAACGCGAGUCUUACUUUCGACGACAACCCGACCCUGUUUUUGGAGAAACUAAUCGAACAAAAGGGGCCACGUUUUUGGGACCAACUCGAGGCGACCCAGACGACGCAGUCACCGCACCUUUACAACGUAGCGAAGAAUCUCAGCGACUGGGCUGCCUGGUGCAGAAGCAACCAGCUGAAAGCAGAGGAGAAAAUCUUCCGUCGUGUAGCAAGGAUCUUUGGACCUGGAGAACCCAGUGAAGGGGAGCUAUCAAAAGUAGGAAGCACGGAACAGCCUGUAGUAGUGUUAAAUACACUAAAUGGAGAGGCGCAACAACGAGUGUCCUCAUCACAAUCGGGUACCUUUACACAGUAUCGGAGCAGCUGUUCGAGCAGUGCCAGCAAUUCGCCGCAGGAAGCCCAGCAAUCUUCCAGGAUGUCCCCAUCCGCACCAGAGUUGCGACACGCCUCCACAGGCCCUCCAGGCGCGGUGACAUUUUUUGCCGACGUCUCGGCUGGAAGUGUGCGGGUCCUGCAGAAAACUCCCUCUGCAGUCUCGAAUUGCUUCGCGUCGAGUCACGACACUUCUCCCUCCUUAUCGCGUCGGGCGUCGAGCUCGCAACUUGAUAAUGUUGUUGAUGGGGCCAUCAAUAGCAUGUUGACGAGAGCUGUAGGAGAUGGGGAUCGAGAAUUCUCGCUUGCUGGUCCGCUCAACGUGAGAAAAAUAGAGCGCAUUCUCUUGCAAAGAACAGCGUCUACUACACCACAAAAAACUACACGUGCGCCAAACUCGAUUGAUGCAUCUUUCAGAACAAUAAGACGAGAAGAUCCAGAUGGCCAGCAGCAUGGUUCAUCUGCUGGUGAUCCUGUCAUCGUAAGUAGUGAAACAAGCAACAGCCCAAACGAAGGAGACCAGAAGGUUUCAAUCAUACGCCAUCAACUACAACAAGCACAGGAAAUAGUGUCUGAACAGCAGAACGCGAAUUACGUGACUGUUGUAUCCGUCCUCGCAGCGGUUUUUCUGGAUCUUGAGAACCCAGGGUGGGUCAGGUGGUUCCAGAGUAUGGCGGAUUUACUGCAACGGCUAGGUAAGCGGUAUCUGCGAACGCUUUUGGUGCGCAGCGCGCCAGUCGAGUCCAUCCGAAUGAAACAGUAUCAGAAUCUUCCCCUCGGUUGCGCAGCGUGCUCCACUCCCUUCUUUCCACCACAUUAUGGAGAUUCUACUCCUGUAAAGAAAACAGAUUAGAAUAGAAACGGGUGCCUUACAAUCUUAUUAUCUAUCACGACGAGAUCAUUGUUGCUGGUGGCAAUGUCAACAAGCAACGAAAGGUCUCAUUGAGCGAUGGCGCACAUACCCUAGUUAUUUUUUUCGCAUGCUUCCUUCAUCUCUCUACAACGGCCAAUGAGUGCGCGAAUGAGCCGCAGUCGGUUGCGGAGACGGCGCCUGGCUCUUCUCCUUCCUCGUCGGCUGGUUUUCUACGCCUCAUGAGCAACGUAGGGGAGAGUAGCAUCUUCAAAGUCGGUAGUGGACCGAGUGAGCCGCCUGAUGGCAGUCCUGGCCAACUGACGCAAGGAGGUGGACAGAGCGUGCGCAGCACGGCCUCUACCGGUGUCCUUUUGUCACGGGCAGACUCUCUGGGUGGAAAUGCAUCCAUGUUUGAUACGACGAGGAGUGUCUCGCCAGUUCCUUGCGAUGCGAACGCACCCCCAAGCCAACAGAGUCCAGAUGGUACCGACGUGAACAGCGCUGCGAGGAGUCCACUAGGCGCGGCAUCGAGCGCAUUAGAACCGCCUGCACAACAAAUCGAGUUCGUUUUCGAGCAAGACCUCGGGAAGGGCGCGGAAGAAACCUGUGGAGGCGCCACCACAAUGUCUGGAUCAACCAUGGAUGCCACACCGUCGAUGAGCCCGACCCCAACUGAUGGAGGCGGAAUUCUCCUUCAGAGCUCAACAAAUACUGCGACCAACCCACGUGCUAAAAAUCCUCUCCCGGAUGGCAGUCACAACGGACUCGCUGCUCGUUUGAACGAGGUUGCCACAGGAAUAGUCGUAAGCGAUCCGAAAACUACAGACAAUACUGCGACACAAGAAGCGCCGGCUUCGCCGACCUCUCGCACCCCGUUGAAACCUCCAACUACAGCAGUCAGCGACGAGCCUGCAAAGACUACCAGCGCAGGAGCAGCCUCCGCCAAGGUCCUUGCGAGGCCAGAGCAGAAGUGCAUGCGUUGCAGCAGGCCGAAGGGCCGCUGUGUAGUUUGUCACAAGGUGGUGCGGGGACUCUGGGUCGCGUGCCCCAUUUGCGGCAACGGAGGACACAUGAUGCAUAUGGCCCGAUCCUUAGCCACGCACGGAAAAUGCGUCAUCUGCGUUUCGGAAACAAUCGUCGCCCAGGUGGCCACCUAA